CUACGCUGUGUGCGAAUGCAAAUCGACCAUGACGAUUCUGGAUCCUUCCGAGACAUUUGCGUCGCUGGCCGAAUCCGUCGGUCUGGAUGUCCGUCUCCGCAAAGCCGUCUCCCGUUUGGGCCACGUACGACCAACUCUGGUCCAGUCCAAAUGCCUCCCCUUGGCGCUGUCGUCCGGUAGGGAUUUGCUGGUCCGGGCCCGCACAGGCAGUGGCAAAACGCUUGCGUAUUCACUCCCUCUCUUGCAGAAAAUAUUGCAAAGAUCCAAAUCUGGUGUUGGUGCAGUUGUCUUGAUACCGACUCGUGAGUUGUGUACACAAGUCCACCAGGUCUUGCAGGGAUUGUCGUACUAUUGCAACGACAUUAUCUCGAUUGCUAUUUUAUCGGCGGGACGAGGACGCGGGGAAAAAGCCCAAGAAGAGUUGACCAGGCAAGAAGCCAUGUUGCGCGAUCAGCCUAAUGUGUUGGUGGCGACACCUGCCGGGCUCCUGACGCAGAUACGCAGUGGGUUGUUGGAUUUGAAAUCGUCGGUAGAAACCUUGGUCGUGGACGAAGCCGAUCUUGUUCUUUCCUUCGGGUACGCCAAAGACAUUGCAGAAAUCGUCAAAUCUUUGCCUCGUAUUUGCCAAGGCUUUCUCAUGUCAGCGACACUGUCGCCGGAACUGGAUUCCCUUAAAAAAAUUGUCUUGAAUUCACCUGUCGUGCUAAAGCUGGAACAGGAUGAGAAGACGAGCACUGGCGUUGGCCACUUGAAGCAAUUUUACGUUGCGCUGCCCAAGCGAGACAAAAAUUUGGUUGUCUACGUCUUUUUGAAGCUCGGACUAUUGAAGGGUAAAGGCCUAUUCUUCGUAAACUCGACUGAUGCUGGAUACCGACUCAAGUUGUUUCUGGAACAGUUCUCCAUUCGUUCGGCAGUUUUAAACGCCGAACUACCAUUUCGCAGUCGCCUGAAUAUUAUAGAACAGUUCAAUGUGGGUAACUUUGAUUAUUUGAUUGCCACCGACGCGAGUACAGAUGCUGAGCAAAAGGAAGACUCGGAUGAUGAGCACGAGGCAAACGUAAAGAAGCUGAAGACUCGUAAGGCGGAUUCGCAGUACGGCGUCUCGCGAGGUCUAGACUUUCGAAAUGUUUCAUUUGUUGUGAAUGUAGACUUUCCAUUAAACUCUCGUUCAUACUCUCACCGUGUUGGUCGCACAGCGCGCGGUGGAGCCAAAGGGGUGGCCUUAAGCUUCGUGGAACUUGAAUCAAAGCAACAACACGAUACACUUUUGGCUGUACAAGAUGACCAGCCAUCGACACCACUGCCCGUUCCGCUCGAUUUUGAUCUUCACGAAAUCGAAGGCUUCCGGUAUCGGUGUGAAGAUGUACAACGAGCUGUAACACGAAUGGCAGUACGAGAAACACGAGCGGCCGAGCUCAAAGCCGAAAUACUGAAUUCGGAACGGCUUCAAGCCCAUUUUGAGGACAAUCCUGCCGAUUUGCAACUACUCCGUCAUGACAGAGUCGCAACGCACAUAUCCCGCGUCCAAGAUCACUUAAAGCAUGUACCUAAAUAUCUGUUGCCA